GAUCCUCAGGAUUUUGGUUCAGCCACAUUUGUUGAAGAUGGUAGUUCUCUUUAGCAUCCUCGCCAGCGUUGGGAACAUCCAGACCUUUGGACUCAGCAACGUAUGGCCAGAACUCUUGCGACAUGAUUCCCAUGGGCUGCAAUAUUUGGGCCCCGCACAGAAGCUCAUGUUGCUGGUGUCUGUUGGGAUUCCGGUUGGUGGGGUCUGUGCCUUGAUUUCCAAUUCCAAGAAGGCGUCGCACAGAAUUUACAUUUUGUUCUCGGGCCUUUUGGGGUGCAUUGGACUGGCCUGUGUGGCAGCUUUCGAACACUCAUCGUUGCUGCUGCUGGCGAUGCUCAUUACGCAUAUGUCUGGCAGCUUGGAGUAUUCGGUGUCGAUGAUUUUCUGCGAGGAAAGUUUUCCCACGGCGAUCCGCGCCUCGGCCACGGGGGUGGUCAUCUUUUGGGGCACCCUGUGGUCCGUGGCCUCUCCGUUGCUCCUCACCGCAGUUGGGGAGAGAGGUUUCAUUGCAAUCGCUGGUGUGGCCUUUGCCGUGGCUGCUUUGGCCAUCGUACCUUUGAAGGAAACUCGGGGUGCUGAACUCCAGGAUUUUGCCAAACAAACUUCAGAGGCUGCUGAAUUCGACGACGAGGAAGAAGAAUCUGAGGAUGAGGAUGAUGAGGACGUGGGCUCUUCUGCCGACGUUCAGCUCUCAUGGCUCUUUGCCAAUGGAACGAUUGGUGCGGCCAUGGAGCUGUCGAUGCUGUCGGGUCUGCUGGGCGCAGUGCCGGGCGUCUCCUUCACUUCGUUCUAUUCGUCCAUGGGUUUCAUCAUCGAUCGUUGCAAGGACCGGAGCUUCUUCACCAAGGAGAUGCUUCUUGGGAACGGAGUGGCCGUCGUCAUGCUCUUGCUGAUGCCAAAGAUUGGGCCGUGGAUGCAACGACGCUUCCAACUUCAGCGAUCAAUUUUCCUUCGUUUGGUGCUUUCGACACAUUGUUUGGCCUUGGUGAAUUUGCUGAUGUCACUAGCAGAAGAUGAGAUCAGCAUGUUGGUCAUGGGAGCGGUGCAGAGUUUUUUGAACGCCAUGGUUUUGAACACCAGCCAUUCUUUGGCGGCUGCAAUGACGGGCAAUCGCCGAGCUUGGGUGCAGUUGGGUUUCCUCAGUGGCGCCCUACUGCCGGUCGUGACAACUCCAUUCACCGGCUUUGGACCAAAGAGUCCGCUGUUGAGCCGUGUGGCGUUCUAUGCAGUUCCUGCUACCUUUUGCUUCCUGAUCGGACUGCUCUUGGGAGUGUACCACGCCAAGGUGAAACCACAUUUGGAGAGAGAACCUGAAACGUCUGAAACGUCUGGAACGUUGGAACUCGGAGGCCCUCGGGGCAACAUGGCCCAACUGGCCGAAGCCUACAGACGCUUUGAACAACCGACAGAGUCGGCAGAACCAACGGCUUCUGUUGAAGCCUCGCCGUCGCAGCGAGCAAGCUGUCGCUUUUACGUGGCGUUUUCCGCGGUGUUGUGUUAUCAGAUGGCAUCCUACUUUUUUGCUGGUUUGUUCCCUUUGUUGGGCGACGCUGCUAUAGCCCUCCACAUGUAUCUCUACAUGAUUUGUGGCGACAUGGUGGGUAGUUUGAUCGCCUUCAUUUGGACCAGCUGUAUGGGUUCCAUGGGCGACGUUUCCGACGUUUCCAUCCGGGACGUUCAGAAUCAGAUCUAUCAGAAGUAUCAGAACAUCACCUUCAUGGCACUUCUCCUCCUGAGUUUCCUCAGUACAACCACUGCCUUGAUCCCAUCCAUCAGCAUUUUGGAGACACCUGGUGGCAGUGCUGGAUCUUUGGUCUUCACGGCCUUUUUCUUUGGUUCGUUUUCAAAGGCAGGGCUUGAGGCACUUUGCCCCAGAGUGGUGAAAGCUCGUUUGGCUGGCGUCCUCCUGGGUUUGUCUGCGGUGCUGUUGUGUUAUGAGACCGUCCUCAGCCGUUCCAACGCACCACCAGAAAUCAAGGCCCAUCUCGAUGCCCCACUGGCGGGGUCACAUCUGCAGCACCAGCAGUGGCGCUCACAACGGUCAGCACGUCAGGUGGCACUCCAAAUCUCUGCCAGGGGGACCAUGCGAAGAGAAGGCUAAUGCAUGUAAUCAGAGUCGCGCCUUACCUUGAGAUGGCGCGAGAGAGCUC